UAUGUCUUCUUUGACCAAACCACUCUCUUUAGUCCGCGACCACCCCUCAGAACCCCGCAUUUCCCAGAUCCUAUCUCCUUCGCCUCCUCUCAUUAGGGUUUCAACUCUCAAUUUCUUCUUCAAUUUCUAAUCCUAUUCAAAUUAUCAAUAAACGAUUGUACAUUCUUGUAUAUUUUUUACUGUAUAAUUAGUUUUUAUUUAAGGGUUGUUUGAAACAAUGACGGUUUCGGGGUCUUCUUUGUGUUUCGGCGAUGACAAAGUGUUUCCGCCGGGAUUUCGAUUCCAUCCGACGGAUGAGGAGCUGGUUCUGUACUACCUAAAGAGGAAGAUCUGCUGUCGGCGGCUCCGGCUCGACAUCAUCGGCGAGACUGAUGUAUACAAGUGGGACCCGGAGGAUUUGCCUGGGAAAUCCAAAUUAAGGACUGGUGACAGGCAAUGGUUCUUCUUCAGCCCCAGAGAUAGGAAGUAUCCCAAUGGAGCAAGGUCAAAUAGAGCAACCAGGUAUGGGUACUGGAAAGCAACUGGAAAAGAUCGCAUCAUUACCUGUAAUUCUCGAUCAGUUGGGGUGAAAAAGACCCUGGUUUUCUAUAAAGGUCGUGCACCUAGUGGCAAGCGCACAGAUUGGGUGAUGCACGAGUAUACCCUUGACGAGGAUGAGCUGCAGAGGUGCCAGUCUGCACAGGACUAUUAUGCACUGUAUAAGGUCUACAAGAAGAGUGGGCCUGGUCCCAAAAAUGGUGAGCAAUAUGGUGCACCUUUCAAAGAAGAAGAAUGGGAAGAUGAGGUCUUGGAUGUGAAUGGCCACGUUGACCAGGAAAAUUCUGUUAUACAGCUUAAUGAAGUUGCUUAUAUUGAUAAUUUCAGAGCUAAUGUUCAACAGCAGUCUUCAUUAGAUGAUCUUGAGGAAUUCAUGAACGGCAUCGCAGAUGAGCCUUUGCUUUUCACGCCCCUUGCCGGUAAUCAUGACUAUUUAUUACAGCAGGUUGUGGGUGAGGAAGAAGACGAAAGUACCUUGGCGGAUCCUUCCUCAAGGACAGUCAAUUUACCGGAUCAGAGCAUGGUUCUGCCACCUAGCAGCCAGCAAAAUAAUUUACAUGCUAGCUUUGACUUGACACAGUCAGCAACUUCUCAAUUACAAUUGCACUCGGUACCUGAGGUCACCUCUGCUCUUGACAUUCAUCCUCAGGAGCUUCAUGUGGCUGAAGAAGAUUUCCUUGAAAUGGAUGACCUCCUUGGCCCUGAACCUACUAUUCAAUAUGUUGAUAAUCCACUGGAGAGCCUGCAGUUUAAUGACUUUGAUGGUUUGUCUGAAUUCGACCUGUUCCAUGAUGCAUCCAUGUUUCUUCCUGAGAUGGGGCAAGGUGAACCUGGACAAAUUUCUCAACAAUGCAUGAAUAACCUUGAGAAUGGAAUAGUGAACCCAGUUUCAGAUCCCUAUUUGACCAAUAUUGGGAAUGGGACUGCAAAUUACCAGUUGCAACCUCUGUCAAAUUUUGCAAAUGAUAUCAAUUGUCAGCUAUGGGUAGAUGGUCAAAGAUGCAAUGCCUUUACUCCUGCCGAAGCGAAUCAGCUGACUGUUACGCCACCAAUUUCAGGUGUAGUAUGUGAUAGUAGUUUUGCAAAUGGACCUGUCGGAUCAAAUCAAAAUCAAAUCGGCAUACAAGAUCAUGGUACAGAUUCAUGGUCCUCUGCCCUCUGGGCUUUUGUGGAGUCAAUACCGGCCACUCCUGCUUCAGCUUCAGAAAAUGCUUUGGUAAAUAGGGCCUUUGAGCGAAUGUCUAGCUUUGGUAGGGUAAGAUUACGUGCCAGAAACAUAAACACUGAUGCAGGUAACUCCACUUCAACUGCGAUUAGGCCUCCCAGAUCUAAUGGUGGUUUUUUCUAUUUUUCGGUUCUUGGAGUUGUGUGUGCCAUCUUGUGUGUGUUAAUAGGAACAUCUGUGAGAAUGUUGGGAAGAUAUAUUUCUUCAUGAAUAUGUAUGUAUGUACGUCUUUGGGAAUUUUUGCUGUAAUAUUUUCCAGGAUCCCGCUGGAAUCAGGUGAAAGCUCAGCACAUUGUGCUAAUAAUGGAGUCUUACCUUAUAUGAUGCUUUUUUGUUUAAUUUUUGAAGAGGGUAGAAAAAAUGUGCAUAACCUUUAGUGCAAAAAUGUCAGCCACUCAGCUGGAGAAGGGAGCUUCAUCCACAUGGUAAUGGAACAGUUCUCAUGUAAAUGCAAGGGCUUUCUCAUAGCAACUUAGCAUGCCACUCAAGACCAGGUACCUGCCGUUGCAUUUUAUUUAGUAUGAUCACAUCGUCCAUAUGAGUAAAUAUUUAGUAACGGUGACACCACGCCAAUAUUUUCAUGUUUCGUAUCAGCAUCCAAAAAUAACAUACCAUGUGGGUAAGGUUUGCUCGACUUUCUUGCGUGUGAGUAGUUAUUGUAUUACAUAGAGGGUAGUUAUUGAUUUAUGUGGAAUUUACUUACCUAGCAUAUUAUUAAAUGGUGAUAUCACGUGAUAAUAUUAACGUAGUCUCACCAUUGCAUGAAAUAUUUUCUCCGUCAUCAAUAUCCCCUCCCCUCCCCCCCUUGAAGUAACAUAUCCUCCAGACUACUACAGAAGAUAUUUUCAUGAAUGAAGGCUGAAGAAGACUGAAAGUAAUUCACAAACAGAACAAGAUUGAAAGCAAAUGAUGCAUUACGGACAUUUGACCCUCCCUAGGCCUUGUAAUAGUGGGAGCCUGAUGCAUUGGUGCCCCCUUUUAUGAACACUAAUAACUGAGCAGUAAUAAGGAUGCACUUACUUCAGUACAAAUAAGGUUGCACCCCAUAGUGU